AUGCCUUGGUGGAGUAUAAAUUCAUCAAAAGAUGAAAAGAAGAAACCUAACAAGGAGAGUAUCAUCGAUGCAUUUAAUCGGAAACUGGGGUUCGCCUCUGAGGAUAGGUCUAGUGGUGGUAGAUCGAGGAAGUCACGAAGACGGCGUGAUGAGAUUGUAUCGGAAAGAGGAGCUAUCUCUCGGUUACCAUCAAGAUCCCCAUCUCCUUCUACUCGGGUUUCACGCUGUCAGAGUUUUGCAGAAAGAUCUCCUGCUGUACCUCUUCCUCGUCCUACGAUCCGUGCUACAGUAACGAGCAAUGAUUCUGGAAUGAAUGGAUCACAGAGACCAGGUUUAGAUGCAAGUUUGAAGCCAUCGUGUCUGCCACUUCCAAAGCCCCAUGGUGCUUCUAGUGUGCCUGAUAAUUCAGGUGCCGAGGCUGAUUUUACCACUGCUUCUGUGUCUAGUGGAAGUUCUGUGGGUGACAAUCCAUCUGAUUCUCUUCUCAGUCCGUUGGCUUCUGAUUGUGAAAAUGGGAGCAGAACACCAGUAAACAUUUCUUCGAGGGAUCAUCCCAUGCAUAGUAACAAAAACUCAGCUGAGAUGUUCAAGCCAGUCCUUAAUUUGUCAAACAAAAAUCGGAUUGUAUCGACAUCUCCUAGGCGGAGACCUCUUGGCACUCAUGUGAAGAAUCUACAAAUCCCACAACGGGACAUAGUGCUCUGCAGUGCUCCAGAUAGCUUGUUGUCUAGUCCCUCAAGGAGUCCGAUGAGAUCCUUUGUCCCUGAUCAAGUCUCAAACCAUGGGUUGUUGAUUGGCAAACCAUAUACAGAUGUUUCUUUGCUUGGAUCUGGACAGUGCUCAAGCCCAGGUUCAGGUUACAACUCGGGAAACAAUUCCAUUGGUGGAGAUAUGUCUACGCAGCUGUUUUGGCCCCAGAGCAGGUGUAGCCCUGAAUGUUCCCCUGUGCCUAGUCCAAGAAUGACGAGUCCUGGUCCUAGCUCCAGAAUACAGAGUGGUGCCGUUACACCUCUUCAUCCUCGAGCUGGAGGAUCAACCACUGGAUCUCCCACUAGACGGCUUGAUGAUAACAAACAGCAAAGCCACCGUCUGCCUCUCCCGCCAUUGUUGAUCUCAAAUACUUGUCCGUUUUCACCCACAUAUUCAGCAGCAACAUCUCCUUCUGUCCCCCGAAGUCCAGCAAGGGCAGAGGCUACAGUAAGCCCUGGAUCGCGAUGGAAGAAAGGGAGAUUACUGGGGAUGGGCAGUUUUGGACAUGUGUAUCUUGGUUUUAACAGUGAAAGUGGUGAGAUGUGUGCCAUGAAAGAGGUUACUCUAUGCUCAGAUGAUCCGAAGUCAAGGGAGAGUGCCCAACAAUUAGGCCAGGAGGUUGCAGUUCUAAGCCGUUUACGACACCCAAAUAUUGUGCAGUAUUAUGGCUCUGAAACCGUCGAUGACAAACUGUAUAUAUAUCUGGAGUAUGUCUCUGGUGGUUCGAUCUAUAAGCUUCUUCAAGAGUAUGGACAAUUUGGUGAGAAUGCAAUCCGUAACUACACACAACAAAUCUUAUCAGGGCUUGCGUAUUUGCACGCCAAAAACACUGUUCAUAGGGACAUCAAAGGAGCAAAUAUAUUGGUGGAUCCUCAUGGACGUGUAAAAGUUGCUGAUUUUGGGAUGGCAAAACAUAUUACUGCUCAAUCCGGUCCGUUAUCAUUCAAGGGAAGCCCAUAUUGGAUGGCGCCUGAGGUGAUACAGAACUCAAAUGGCAGUAACCUUGCAGUCGACAUAUGGAGUCUCGGAUGUACUGUUUUAGAAAUGGCCACAACGAAACCUCCAUGGAGCCAGUAUGAAGGGGUUCCUGCUAUGUUCAAGAUUGGAAACAGCAAGGACCUUCCUGAUAUCCCCAAUCAUUUAUCUGAAGAAGGAAAGGAUUUCGUGAGGAAAUGCUUACAGAGAAACCCUGCAAAUCGUCCAACAGCUGCUCAGCUUUUAGACCAUCCUUUUGUGAGAAACGCAAUGCCAUUGGAAAGGCCCAUCGUGAGCGCCGAAUCUGCAGAGUCUAUGAAUGUAGCUUCAAGCACCAUGAGAUCACUGGACAUUGGACACGCGAGGAGUCUUCCCUGCUUAGACUUGGAAGAUGCAAGCAAUUACCAGCAGAAAGGAUCAAAACCUAGCUCCGGUUUCAGUAUCUCCCAGUCUCCUAGGAACAUGUCGUGCCCGAUCUCACCAGUCGGUAGUCCAAUCUUCCACUCGCAUUCACCUCACAUCAGCGGAAGAAGAUCUCCGUCACCGAUAUCUAGCCCGCACGCUCUCUCCGGCUCAUCAACGCCUUUAACCAGUGGCGGUGGAGCCAUCCCAUUUAACCACCAGAGACAAACGACGAUCAACUUCUUGCAAGAAGGCGGCGUAGGAUCAAGCAGAAGCCCCGGGAGUGGAGGAAACUUCUACAACAACAGCUUCUUUCAGGAGCCUAGUAGACAGCAAGAUCGGCCUCGGAGUAGUCCAAGGACGCCUCCUCAUAUCUUUUGGGACAACAACGGUUCGAUCCAACCGGGUUAUGGUUGGAACAAGGACAACCAGCCAGCUCUGUCUGAUCAUGUCUCGCAGCAGCUCUUGAGUGAGCAUCUGAAACUGAAGUCCUUUGACCUGAGACCCGGUUUUUCAACUCCCGGUUCGACAAACAGAGGACCCUAA